UCAUCUCUGUUGGUGAUAGCAAGUGAGUCGUAUGAUUCGUGAAAAGCCACAACCUUUCGUGCGAUAUUCUUUUAGAGUCAGUUAUCGAUUGAUCGUUAUACGUUUACCGGCUUCCAUAUGGCUCAAACAAGGCUAUCCAGUGAAAUUCUUAUAGGCGGAAUAGAUGGCGGUGCCAGUAAUUCCACUCUUAUCGUCAUCAAUGGACAAGGUAAAAGCCUGGUUACAAUCAAAGGAGAUGGAACUAAUUAUCAUUUGCUAGGUAUAGAUGAGGUUGCUCGUAGAAUUAGUGAGAUGAUUAACAGUGCCAAACACGAACUGGGUCUUUCCGAUUCACGUCAUCUGGAUGUUGUGGGAAUUUGCUUGAGUGGCUGUCCUGAUCAACUUACCGCCGAGCAACUAAAGCAGGCAAUAAAAAACGUAAAUCCGGAAGCUGCUGUGGAUUAUGUCAUUAAGUCUGACCUUAUUAGCAGUCUGAAAACAGGUCUUAGUAGUUGCGGAAUUAUUAUUAUAGCUGGGACUGGCAGUAACGCCUAUCUCGUUGAUGUUGAUGGUACAGAACACCAAUGCGGUGGAUGGGGACACAUGAUUGGCGACGAAGGAGGUGCUUACUGGAUAUCACAUCGUGCUUGCAAGUAUGUGAUCGACGACAUAGAUGGACUUAAAAAGGCACCUUACUCUAUUGACUACAUUUGGUCUGAAAUGCAAAAUUAUUACAAGAUAACAGACAUACAUUCCAUGAAGAUGCAAUUAUACAAGAAAUUCUCGAAGAAUGAAUUUGCCUUGUUUGCAAAACAUAUAGCCGCUGGCUGCAAGAGCGGAGAUUCAUUGUGUCUGUCCGUGUUGGAAAAGGCCGGCAAGUAUUUGGCGAAACACAUCAAUGCUUUGGCAACAAAAGCUUCAGUCGACCUUCUGACAGCUUCUGGCGGACUUAAAGUGGUAUGCGUUGGAACCGUUUGGAAUUCUUGGGAAUACUUGAAAAAAGGCUUCACAGAGGAAAUUCGACGAGGUGGCAUCAUCAACGAGUUAACUCUUUACCGUUUGAUUACGUCAGCAGCUGUUGGUGCUUGUUACUUGGCAGCUGAUAUGCUUACACACGACAUGGGGAAAAUGUCACGAGAAAAGAAUAGGGAAUUACUUUAUCACUAUAUUCGCGAAAGUGAUGGAACGCUUAAGGUACUCCAAGAUGCUGAUAAAAGUACUUAGCUGCCAUCUCAACGAACGGCCAACAAGAAGGCAACACUGACUAUGGUCCUACUCAUAUCUCACUUUUAGCGUCAAAAGACGUAUUUUAGAACACUGUUAAAAGCCACUCUACUCGUAUCUCGAUUUUCAACCACUUUCAUAGAAAAUCCUUAAUAAAGCCAUAAAAGACGUA